AUGGAUCCCCUUUCGACGACGGUUGCGGUUGGGGCGGUAAUCUCGCUGCCGCCAGUGGCGGCGGUGGCGGGAGCAGUGGCGGGUCCACUUCUGGUACCCGUGGUUCUCUCCGUGGUUCUCUUGUCUGCUGCUGGCGUCCAAUACCUGCUGAAGGCGAACACUGAGAAUCCGCCGAUGUCGGCGCCAACUCCAUGUACGGCAGAGGAAGAGGAGUACCCAAGGCCUGAUUGGCUUCAAUGGAAGCACCAGUUGAAUUGGGCUGUCAUCGGUCGCAGUGGCACUGGAAAGUCCACCUUCAUCAACAGUUUUCGGGGAUUGAAGCCAAAGGACCCUGAAGCUGCGAAGGUGGACGUAAAGGAGUGCACCAAGGAACCGACUCCAUACACUUUCCCAGCCGAAGAAUUGAAGAAGAUUGAAUGUGUUGCGUUGCGGGAGAAGCUGGCAUCAGUCAAUCUGUGGGAUCUCCCUGGUGCCGGGACCCCAAAUCAUCCACGGGAGACUUACAUCAAAGAUAAAGGUCUACGCUACUUUGACGGUGUUGUGAUUAUGACGGAGGGGCGCUUCACUGAGAUCGACCUCAUGCUGAUUGUUGAAAUGCGAAAAUUUGAAAUUCCGUUCUUCCUUGUGAGGAGCAAGGCAGAUCUUGACAUCACCAACUCUGCAAACGACGAUGAUUGUGAUUUGGAUGAACUGGAACCCAGAGAGUCGAGUCAGUUUGCGGAGAAAGUCGUCGACACAUUGAAGACAGAUGUGAACACGAAUUUGGAGAAUGAAGGCUUGCCUAAGAUGAGAGGUCGCAUCUUUGUCAUUGGCAAAGUCGUGGUGCCUCCCAGCAAGAAGCCAUUCUUUGAGAUCCUUGUGAAGCAGUUCCGUGACCUCAGCGAGGCCAUGAUGCGCGACAUGUACAUGGGCCGCUCUGGCCGCCCCUUAAAUUGGAGCACCGCUGGUGAAAAGGCAGCAUGGAUUGAGGAUCCAGACCAAAAACCAAGGUUUGAAGAAAUGUUGAAGAAGCAGGAUUGCUCUUCAUGCAAAUCCAUGGGCAAAGUGAAAGUUCACAAGGUUUCUCGACUGGAAAGUGCAGAGCUUUGGCUGAAGUACCAGAACUCCAAGAUGGAAAUUCGCGCGAAGUGGGGAGAAGGCCUUCCGCCCAUGCCCGCAUCAGCCGGAUUGCCUGUUCCACAAGACGAGAAAGUCAAUGAAUCUUACCGUACCUGUUAA